AUGGUUGCCGAAACCAAACUCUACGAUUCCUUGAGCGUCAAACCCGAAGCGUCUCAAGAUGAAAUUAAAAAGGCCUACCGGAAGGCGGCCUUGAAGUACCACCCGGACAAGAACAAAGAUAACCCCGCUGCGUCGGAGAAAUUCAAGGAGGUCUCUCAAGCUUAUGAAGUUCUUUCUGACCCCGAAAAGCGCAAGGUGUAUGACCAAUUCGGCCUUGAGUAUCUCCUGCGCGGUGGUCCCCCCCCGUCGCCCGGUGGUGGCGCUGGCGGUGGCGGAGGUAGUCCGUUCGACGGUGGCAUGCCCGGAGGGUUCUCGUUCGGAGGCAUGCCUGGCGGCGGUGGCGGCGGAGCCCGCACCUUCCACUUCUCCACGGGUCCCGGCGGCGGCGGAUCUGGCUUCCGCUUCAGCUCCGCCGACGAUAUCUUCCGGAACUUCGCCAAGGCUGGCGGCGGCGGCAUGGGCGGCAUGGGCGGCAUGGACGACGAUGAUAUCUUCUCGAUGCUCGGCGGCGGUGGCCGGAGCUCCCGGUCGAGCCGUGGUCCCAGCGGCUUCGGGCAGUCCUCCCGGCGUGCCCCUCCGCCUGAGCCCACCGUCAUGGAGAAGGAGCUGCCGCUGACCUUGGAGGAGUUGAUGCGCGGUACCACCAAGAAGGUCACGGUUAAGAGCAAGGCGUUUGACGCCAGUGGCAAGCGAACCGUUCAGGACGUGACCCUGGAGGCCAACAUCAAGCCCGGUCUGCGGACGGGUUCGAAGAUCAAGUACCGCGGCGUGGGCGAUCAAGAAGAAGGUGGUCGCCAGGACGUGCAUCUUAUUGUUACAGAGAAAUCAAACCCCAACUUCAAACGACACGGUGACAACCUCAUCACCACCGUCGACCUCACCCUCAAGGAGGCCCUCACGGGCUGGGAGCGGAUUGUCCGCACUAUCGACGGCAAGUCGAUUAGAGUCGCUAAGCCAGGUCCGACGCAGCCCGGCCAUGAAGAACGGUAUCCGGGCUGGGGCAUGACGAUAUCGAAGAAGCCUAACGAGCGAGGCGACCUGAUCGUUCGUGUCAACGUCAAAUUCCCGACGAGCUUGACUAUCGAGCAGAAGGAUGUGCUGAAGGACGUGCUUCCUAAUUGA